GCUCGCGCUGGGGGCGGGAAGAGCUUUCCUGUCAGUCGGGGAGGCGCAGAGAGAAGAUCCUCCCGCCUUCUAGGCUAGGCGCUUGGCAAAGCGCUCCUUGCUGCCUUCUGACCCUCGCAAAGGCCCAAAGCUGGCCCGCCGCAAAGCGACCCACCCCCCUGUGAAGAUGGCCUCGGUGCCGGUGUAUUGCCUCUGUCGGUUGCCUUAUGAUGUGACCCGAUUCAUGAUCGAGUGUGACAUGUGUCAGGACUGGUUUCACGGCAGUUGUGUUGGUGUUGAGGAGGAGAAAGCUGCUGAUAUCGACCUAUACCAUUGCCCCAACUGUGAGGUCUUACAUGGACCCUCCAUUAUGAAGAAACGCCGUGUGUCUUCCAAAGGGCAUGAUACUCACAAGGGAAAACCAGUGAAGACUGGGAGCUCUAUGUUUAUUCGAGAACUCCGGGGUAGGACUUUCGACAGCUCAGAUGAAGUGAUUCUGAAGCCCACAGGAAGUCAGCUAACGGUGGAAUUCCUGGAAGAGAAUAGUUUCAGUGUGCCUAUCCUCGUCUUGAAGAAGGAUGGAUUGGGGAUGACGCUGCCCUCUCCAUCAUUCACUGUGAGGGAUGUGGAACACUAUGUUGGUUCUGACAAAGAGAUUGAUGUGAUUGAUGUGGCCCGUCAGGCUGACUGCAAGAUGAAACUCGGUGAUUUUGUGAAAUAUUACUACAGUGGAAAGAGGGAAAAAGUCCUCAAUGUCAUUAGUUUGGAAUUCUCUGAUACCAGGCUCUCAAACCUUGUGGAAACACCCAAGAUUGUUCGCAAGUUGUCAUGGGUGGAGAACUUGUGGCCAGAGGAAAGUGUGUUUGAGAGACCCAAUGUGCAGAAGUACUGCCUCAUUAGUGUGCGGGAUAGCUAUACAGAUUUUCACAUUGACUUUGGUGGCACCUCAGUCUGGUACCAUGUGCUUAAGGGUGAGAAGAUCUUCUACCUGAUCCGCCCCACAAAUGCUAAUCUGACUCUCUUUGAGUGUUGGAGCAGUUCCUCUAAUCAGAACGAGAUGUUUUUUGGUGACCAGGUGGAAAAGUGCUACAAGUGUUCUGUGAAGCAAGGACAAACACUUUUCAUUCCUACAGGAUGGAUUCAUGCCGUGCUGACCCCUGUGGACUGCCUAGCCUUUGGAGGGAACUUCUUACACAGCCUUAACAUCGAAAUGCAGCUCAAAGCCUAUGAGAUUGAGAAGCGGCUGAGCACAGCAGACCUCUUCAAGUUUCCCAACUUUGAGACUAUCUGCUGGUAUGUGGGAAAACAUAUUCUGGACAUCUUUCGAGGUUUGCGAGAGAACAGGAGACACCCUGCCUCCUACUUGGUCCAUGGUGGUAAAGCUCUGAACUUGGCCUUUAGAGCCUGGACAAGGAAAGAAACUCUACCAGACCAUGAGGAUGAAAUCCCGGAGACAGUGCGGACUGUGCAGCUCAUUAAAGAUCUGGCUAGGGAGAUCCGCUUGGUUGAAGACAUCUUCCAACAGAACGUUGGGAAGACGAGCAAUAUCUUUGGGCUGCAGAGGAUCUUCCCAGCUGGCUCCAUCCCCUUAACCAGGCCAGCCCAUUCCACUUCAGUAUCCAUGUCCAGGCUGUCACUGCCUUCCAAAAGUGGUUCAAAGAAGAAAGGCCUGAAGUCCAAGAAUAUCUUCAAGAAGGCAGAGCGAAAGGGCAAGGAGAGUUCAGCCUUGGGGCCUGCUGGCCAGUUGAGCUAUAAUCUCAUGGACCCAUACAGUCAUCAGGCACUGAAGACAGGCUCUUCCCAGAAAGCAAAGUUCAACAUCACGGGUACCUGCUUGAAUGAAUCAGAUGACUCACCAGACAUGGACCUUGAUGGCAGUGAGAACCCACUGGCCCUGUUGAUGGCCAAUGGCAGUACCAAGAGGGUAAAGAGCAUAUCCAAGUCUCGGAGAGCCAAAAUUGCAAAGAAGGUAGACAGUGCAAGGCUGGUAGCAGGACAAGUCAUGGGAGGUGAAUUUAACUUGGAUUCAGAUGAUGAGCUGCAGAUUGAUGAGAGACUGGGAAAGGAAAAGGCGAGCCUGAUCAUAAGAUCAAAAUUUCCCCGGAAGUUGCCCCGAGCAAAGCCUUGCUCUGACCCCAACCGUAUUCGUGAACCUGGAGAAGUUGAGUUUGACAUUGAGGAGGACUAUACAACAGAUGAGGACAUGGUGGAAGGGGUUGACAGCAAGCUUGGGAAUGGGAGUGGAGCUGGUGGAAUUCUUGAUCUACUUAAGGCCAGCAGGCAGGUGGGGGGACCUGACUAUGCUGCCCUCACUGAGGCCCCAGCCUCCCCCAGCACUCAAGAGGCCAUCCAGGGCAUGUUGUGUAUGGCCAACCUGCAGUCCUCAUCAUCCUCACCAGCUACCUCCAGCCUGCAGGCUUGGUGGACCGGGGGGCAAGACCGAAGCAGUGGGAGCUCCAGCAGUGGGCUGGGCACUGCAUCUAACAGUCCCGCUUCCCAGCGUACCCCAGGGAAGCGGCCCAUCAAGAGGCCAGCAUACUGGAGAAACGAAAGCGAGGAGGAAGAGAAUGCCAGUCUCGAUGAGCAAGACAGCUUGGGAGCAUGCUUCAAGGAUGCUGAGUAUAUCUAUCCAUCCCUGGAGUCUGAUGAUGAUGACCCUGCUCUGAAAUCUCGACCCAAAAAAAAGAAGAAUUCAGAUGAUGCUCCAUGGAGUCCUAAAGCCCGUGUGACUCCAACUCUGCCCAAGCAGGACCGUCCAGUUCGUGAGGGGACCCGGGUUGCCUCCAUUGAGACAGGUUUGGCUGCAGCAGCUGCAAAGCUUGCCCAGCAGGAGCUGCAAAAGGCCCAAAAGAAGAAAUCUAUCAAGAAGAAGCCUUUGAUGAAGGAGGCAGAGCAGCCUCGCCCUCAAGAUUCCAAUGUUGUUGUGACAGUGUCUGCACCCACCCUGGCUACUAUGCCCCAACCUCUCACCUCCUCACCCCAGCCACCUCCUGAGCCUAAACAAGAGGCUCUGUCAGGAAGUCUUGCUGACCAUGAGUACACUGCUCGCCCCAACGCCUUUGGCAUGGCUCAGGCAAAUCGAAGCACCACACCCAUGGCCCCUGGAGUCUUCCUGACCCAGAGGCGUCCUUCAGUUGGCUCCCAGAGCAAUCAGGCAGGACAAGGAAAGCGUCCUAAAAAGGGCCUGGCCACAGCAAAGCAGAGACUCGGCCGCAUCCUGAAAAUCCACAGAAACGGCAAGUUACUUCUGUGAGCCAAGCCCCGUCGUGUCCUACUUCACCCCUUUCACCCCCAUUGCCUUCUUCGUUGUCAACUCGGGGCACUUCUGGAUCCUAUGAGCCCCGGACAAGGUGCAUUGUCCUGCUUCAUUGGGACUGACCAAAGGCAUGGACUAUCCCCAACUUCCUUUCUCACUUCUGCUAUGAGUAUCCUGCCUUCCUUUUCCAUACCCAUGAAUAGCAGCAAGUAAAUGGGAGAGGUUUCUAACUGACAAGAAUCUUUUCCUGCUCCUCCCACAUAAUUUCCCUUCCUAUUGGAAUUGGAAUGUAUGAUGAGGAGCAGCAUAAAGGAAGUCUGGGCCCUUCAGUUUCCCUGCCAUGAAAUGCUCAACAUUUGCUCCAACUCCAGCCCUGUCUCUAAGCCCGCCCACCUCCACCCAUUUUUUCCUACCCCUUCCUCCCAAUCCAGUAGGUAUGCCCUACCUUCAGUCUUGUUUCUGAAAGAAGGUUGUGGUCUUUAUCUCCUUUUGCCUCUUUUCAUGAGGAAAAUGGAGAGGACCUUUAUUGCCCUAUUAUGGGCCAUCUCCAGAUCUGGCCUAGAAAAGCUGACUUUAUCAGUCUUUGGGGAAAAAAAGGAGA